GUUAUACAGGACAUCCGUUGAAAAUACGACGAGACACCGGCGUUCAUCGGGAAUGCCUUGGUUGGGUAUAAAUCUAGAUUAUAAAGAUCUUCAGUACUACGGUACUAUCGGAAUUGGAACUCCACAGCAGAAGUUUAAAAUACUUAUCGAUAUUGGUUCAUCAGAUCUCUGGGUGCCAUCCAAAGACUGCGACAUUACCCAAGCUGCUUGCUUGAAACAUAAUAAAUAUGAUAAUACAAAGUCGCACACAUACGUUCGAGACAGAACCAGGUUCAAUAUAUCGUACCACAAUGAAAAAUGGCAAGAGGUCAAAUUGUACGGACAGAUAUCAAUCGAUAACAUAAUGAUUGGUGGCCUACUGGUUACAUCACAGAUGUUUGGCGCAGUAUUAAAAUUUCCGACACAGUUUUGGGACCAGUCACAAUGUGACGGCGUUCUGGGGAUUGGUUAUUCCAAAUCAUCUCUCUUAGGGACGCGUAGUGUCUUUGAAAAUAUGAUUCGUCAAGGCGUGGUGUCCAAACCAAUUAUUAGCAUCUAUCUCAACCAGAUUGAAGUAAAAAAUGUCGGCUUAUGCGCGGCAGGCUGUCAAGCUAUCGUCGACCUUGGCUUUUCUAAGAUAGGAGGACCACCGCGGGAAAUCGCAGUUCUUAAGAGAGAAAUCGGUGUUGUUAAUAACACGGUGCCAUGCGACGAUGAUUAUAUUUUAAAUUUGGCCCCUAUCAUUUUCGUCAUAGGUGGUAAGACGUUUCGACUCUCUAGUGAAGAUUAUAUCCUGAAGGUAACAGAAAACAAUUGCGUCCUCGGCUUCCAGGAUAAGCCGACUGAUAUUAUUAAUGGAAUAGAAUGGAUUUUGGGCGAUGCAUUCAUUCGCAGAUACUACACCAUGCUCGACAUGGAGAACAAUCGACUGGGAUUCGCCACUGCAAAAAAUUAAAUUUUGAUUGCUUUAUCAUGAAGUUAUCAUUAAAUAUUAGGAAA